GUUAAUAAGAAAAUGAGUCUAUAUCUUCCGUCAGAGAGAUAACAGAAACCACCCUACCUACAUAGAUGGUAGCUUCCGAGAGUCUUUGAAAGAGAUCGAUUCACAGAAUGUGUAAAGCGUGGCUUAUCUCGUGCUUUAUUGUCGUGCAAGUACUAAGUACUGAAGGUAUCAAACUGCAUCUAAAGUCAAACAAGGACAGAGUUCAAAUUAAUGAAACUACACAUUUUGAGUUUACAGUAACAGAAAGUGGUAAAGCAUCUUCAAAUGUUACCAUAGUGGUAAUCAUAAAUAAUACCAAGCCAGAAAUAAUUAAGGUGCCCAAAAAGGUUCGUGUGCACUCAUUAGACAAAAAGCAUUCAGUGGCCAUUAAAGGGAUUGGAAUUGGAAAAGCUACUAUUUUAUGUCAUGUGCAAAAUGAGACCAAUCCAGACAGCCAUUUUAGUUUGGACAUAAGAGUGGUGCACUCCAUGCCUCUGUAUAUAAUCAACCAAGUGAUUGGCUGGUUGUAUUUUGUGGCAUGGUCCAUUUCAUUUUACCCUCAGGCUUUUCUCAACUGGAAGAGGAAAAGUGUGAUAGGUCUCAAUUUUGACUUUUUGGCCUACAACCUCACAGGAUUUGUAGCCUAUGGUUUAUUUAACGUAGGCAUGUUUUGGGUGCAUGAGGUUCAGCGUGAAUAUUUUGCAAAGCACCCUGGAGGAGUUAACCCAGUUCAACCCAAUGAUGUAUUUUUUACUCUCCAUGCCAUUCUUCUUACUACUAUAACAAUUUUUCAAUGUUUCUGUUACGAGGCAUGGAUGAACUAUAGACGUCAGAGUACUGUUGGAUGGAGUAUCGGUAACAUUCUCCUAGAUUUUACUGGAGGAUCCUUGAGUAUUCUACAGAUGUUCCUUUUAGCUUACAAUAAUGAUGAUUGGAAGUCUAUAUUUGGUGACUUUACCAAGUUUGGUUUGGGAGCCAUCUCAAUUCUAUUUGAUGUGUUUUUCAUGGUUCAACACUAUUGUCUUUAUGGGUCGAAGCAUCAGAGAUAUGAAGUAAUUGUUGAAAGCAGAGAUCCUAAGGAACACAGCGACAAAGCACUGAACUCUUAUGGAGCAGUUCAUCCAUAGCUUAUUUGUUAUUAGUUUCCAACAUGAUUGGAUAGGUGUAUACUAGGCAGCUUUUUACACACUAGAUUCUAAAGCAGAAUCAGUCUUUAUUUUGGUACAGUCUCUGUUCAAGGGACAUGGACUGUGAACUGAAAAAGGCUUUUGCCAGCUACUUUUAAUAAUGGGGCAUUGUUGUUCAGGAAUAAUUGUUCAUGAGAUAAUUUCUCAGGGAAGUUGGCUAACAUUCAUAAGCCUCUUUGGUAAAGUCUUACAUAUAAUGAAAUUCAUUUCAAUUUGUAUUCAUAUGACAUAUCAUUCAAUCUCAUAUGUCAGUCAAAAAGUGAAUACAAAAAUAAAGAAAAAUAUGCAUGCAUUACUAUUUAAAUAAACAAGGAGGAUAAUUUUUUACAAUAUUUCUCCUCAAGGAAUGUCAUGCAGUGAUCAUAUGUGUCUUAUUUAUGUCCAAAAUAUUUUUCAGCUUAGAAAUAAUUUAUCAAGAGCUCAAUAAGAAAAAUUUUAUAGCAAUGACAUGGAUUAUUACAGUUCUAAUUAUUUUUUAACUAAGUGUUAAACUUUCAAUUAUCAGUUGAGAACUUUAACUCUUUACUUUAACUCCAAACAGUUUUUGAUCACAUUUCCAUGCUUCUCAAAUGUUUGCUAAGUUUGAGUGCAUCCAUGUAAUCAAAUGCAGAUUAUGGUGUUUAAUAUAUUGUUACAUUUUAAUCGUAACUACAAAAUCAAAAUGGAAUGUGGGAAUAAAAAGGGAUUCUUUUUAAAUGAA